GAAAGAGAACGAUUGCUAUAUUUACUAUAUUUUAGGUUUUGAUUUCUUUGUUAUCCGUAAGGUUUUAUACUUAUUCUUGAGUUUAGCUAGAACUAAAAGAUAUGGUGAAAGGAUUUAACGUAGUUGUGGUGAGAGAGUAUGAUCCAAAGAGAGACUUAACGAGUGUGACAGAGCUUGAGGAAAGUUGUGAAGUCGGAUCUUUAUUAGUGGAUCUCAUGGGUGACCCGCUUGCCCGGAUCCGACAAUCUCCUUCUUUCCACAUGCUGGUGGCAGAGAUCGGUAACGAGAUAGUUGGGAUGAUCAGAGGAACGAUAAAGAUGGCGACACGUGGUGGAAAUGCAUUACGUCAAGCCGACGGCGUUUCACCGGAGAUAAGCACCACCAAACUUGCCUUCGUCUCCGGCCUUAGAGUCUCUCCGUUUUACAGGAGGAUGGGAAUUGGACUGAAAUUGGUGCAAAGACUCGAAGAGUGGUUUCUACGAAACGGCGCCGUUUACUCUUACGUGCAAACCGAAAACGACAACACAGCUUCGGUCAAACUCUUCACCGAGAAAAGCGGUUACUCCAAAUUCCGUACACCAACUUUCCUGGUCAACCCGGUCUUCAACCACCGAGUCACCGUCUCUCGCCGAGUCAAAAUCAUCAAACUCGCUCCCUCCUACGCCGAGUCACUCUACCGCAGCCGAUUCUCCUCCACCGAGUUUUUCCCUUCAGACAUCAACUCAAUCCUCACAAACAAACUCUCCCUCGGCACUUAUUUGGCCAUGCCACGUGGCGAAGACCAUGUUUCCGGUUCCUUACCCGACCAGACCGGGUCAUGGGCCGUUAUAAGUAUCUGGAACAGUAAAGAUGUGUAUAGACUACAAGUCAAAGGAGCGUCGCGUCUUAAACGCACAUUAGCAAAGACAACGCGCGUUUUCGACGGAGCGUUUCCGUUUUUGAAAAUCCCGUCGUUUCCUAAUCUUUUCAAAUCGUUCGCGAUGCAUUUCAUGUACGGCAUCGGCGGCGAAGGACCACGAGCGGCGGAGAUGGUGGAGGCGCUUUGCUCACACGCGCAUAACUUAGCUAGAAAAAGCGGUUGUGCCGUCGUGGCUGCUGAGGUGGCGAGCUGUGAGCCGCUUAGUGUUGGGAUUCCUCAUUGGAAAGUGCUCUCGCCGGAGGAUUUGUGGUGUUUGAAACGUCUCCGAGACGACGGUGACGAUGACGGCGUUGAUUGGACUAAGUCACCACCUGGAUUGUCUAUUUUCGUUGACCCUAGAGAAAUAUAAUAAUUUGUAUUAAAUUUCAUACUGAAUAAAUUGUAAAUAAAUUGGAUUACAAGCACAAGCUAGCAAUACAUAUGUAACCAACGUUUGUAUAGUGUGAACUUGAAUUAUAUCGUUUGUAUAUAUUUAUGUAUACCGGAUUGUUGUUGUACGAGUAGAUUGUUCUUAGAUUUGUUAUGUUUAGUAUUAGUCACUUCACUGUUUUUUAGUCAACUUGUAAUAUCUCUGUGUUUUUCAUUUAGAACCAGUAAUACAAAGCUAAGUAGUUGGUGAUAAUUGAAUAAAUCUCCAUUUGUGGA